UCAAACAUAAGCACCUUUGCCAGCUCCCGAGGGGAUCACAUUGAUACAGAUCAGACAUGUCGAGGUCCUUCUACGUGGACUCCCUCAUCGUCAAGGAUGCUGCUGCUGCGGUCAGACCCGGGGCAGCCGGGCACCCGGUGGCACACGACUUCCUCCUACCCAUCAACGUGCACACCCCGGGCGUCUUGUCGGUGGCUGCGGCUCCGGCGUGCCCCUCCAGGAAGAGUGGCGCUUUCUGCGUGUGCCCGCUGUGCGUCACUACGCACAUCCACUCGUCCCGGAGCGGCGUGUCGGCGAUUAAGGGGCAUUUUGCCGGCGCUGAGGCGGCUCAGUACUGCCACAGGCUGUCCCAACACCACCAGCAGACUCCCUCUCUGGCGCACCCAGGACAUGCACCUGUUUGCACGGCCACCUUCAGCGUCACGGACCCUCGAAGGUACCACUGCAUCUCUAUGGGCGCCUCAGAGAGCACACACAUCCAGAACGGCAAACGCAUGCGCACGGCGUUCACCAGCACGCAGCUCCUGGAACUCGAGCGAGAGUUCUCCAACAACAUGUACCUGUCGCGCCUGCGUAGGAUCGAGAUCGCCACCUACUUGAGCCUGUCUGAGAAGCAGGUGAAAAUCUGGUUCCAGAACCGGCGCGUCAAGCACAAGAAGGAGGGCAAGGCCGCGCAGAGGAGCACGCACGGCGGCUGCAAGUGCACCGGCGCGCACGGUGGCCCGGCGGACUACCCGCGGUCCGAGGACGAGGAAUCCCUCUCACCUGCCUCAGCUUCUGAGGAGAAGGACGGGGCGAUCAUGUGACUCGGCCACUGGCACUUGAGUUUGGACCUGGACCUCCUGCAUGAAAAGAGAAACUUUUGUCACUGUGAAUGCAUUGAUCACAUGUGACCUGUUCUGCAUUCCCUCUAGGAGGUUCCUAUAAAGUGUGACCUAUGACCCAUCACUGUGCGCGUGACAAAGCCCUUAUAGAAGCAAUAUAUCAAAUAAUAGCAUAUA